AUGGAUACUGAAGAUAAAUCUAUUGGAGAUAAUAAAUCGAAAGAAUGCGAGUUAGAUGAAAUCGCAAAUUUAGAAAAGGAUAUUUCUGAAUUAAAUGGCAAAAUAAAUGUCAGCAUAAAUGAUAGCAUAAAUGCUAGUAGUAAAUAUGAAGAAAUAAAUAAAGAAGAAAAUGGUAAUGCAUCUGAUUUUAAUUACAACGAAGAGACCAAUAAUAUGAAAAGAGAAGAAAAUGAAAUGGACGAUAAUUAUUUUUUUGAAAAUACUCAAGAAUAUAAUAUCAAAAAUAGUACCUUUAUUAAGUUUGAUGAUAAUAUCGAUGAAAAAAAAAAUAUGGAGAAGGAUAAUGAAAUUCAUAUAAAUGAUACAUCGAAAAAUAAUACAAACAACGAACAUAAUAAAAGUAAUGAGCAUAAUACAAGUAAUGAAAAUAAUACAAACAACGAAAAUAAUAAAAGUAACGAAAAUAAUAAAAGUAAUGAGCAUAAUACAAACAACGAAAACAAUGUUAAUAAUAACAUUUAUAAUUUUAAUAACCCUGAUAAAAAUUUAUGUGAUGAAAUAAAUGGCGAUAACUUAGAUAGCGAAAAAAUGCAAAUAAAAAUAAAAAACUUAUUAAAACUAAUAGAAAUACUAAAGGCUCAAAUAAAUAAAAAGGAUCAAGAAUUAUACCAGAUAGAGGUAGACAUGAAAAUGCGAAAUGGAAAGAGCGAAGAUAAUACCCUAAGCAUUGAAGAUGAUAUGAUUAAAAGUGAUGGAAAUUCUGAAAAAAACGAAAAUAAUAUUUUUAUAAACAAAAUGAAAAAAAUACUAGUAUCCCAAAAUGAAGAAAUUAUAUUAUUAAAUGAAGAAUUGAAAAAGAAGAAUAAAGAAAUAUUUUACUUGAAUGAAGAAAAUAUAACAAAAGAUGAAAAACUAAUUGAACUAAAAAAAGAAAUCGAAGAAAAUUAUUUGCAUCUAAAAGAAUGUAAAAAUAUGCAAAGUGUAAUGCAAAUAAAUGCCAAUAAUAAAAUAUAUAGUGCUGAAAAUUAUUUAAGUGCUACAAAUAAAAAAUUAUUAGAAAACAAUAUUGAUAUUAAAGAAAAAAAACUAAAUAUCGAAAAACAAAAGAAAGUAAUAAAAGAAUUAUAUAACCAGUUAAAUAAAAAAGAUGAUCAAAUUAUGGAACUUAGAAGAAUAAUAGAAAGUGUUGAAUUAAAUAAUAAUAGAGAUAUUAUUAAAUAUAAAGAAAAUAAUAUAGAUCUUAUAAAUAGAUUAAGAUUAAAUGCAUCAUUGAUGAAUAACCAAAAAAUCGAAAUCGAAAAUAUGCAUAUCAAUUAUAAACAACUAGAAGAAGAAUUACGAAAUAAAGAUAACGAAUUAAAAAAAUUGCAUAAUAAUAUAUUAUCAAAAGAUGAUGAAAAUAAUAAAAUAAUCCAAGAUAUGAAUCGAUUGAAAUUUGAUAUGGAAAUAAAAAAUAUUGAUAUAUUAAAUAUCAAAAAAAAAAUGAAAGGAAUCAAAAAAGAAUGUUCUAUUAAUUUAAAAAAACAAAAGGAACGUUUUACAGAUAUUAUUAAUGAACUAUAUAAGGAAAAAGAUCAAAUUAUUAAAAAACAUUCUGAAGAUAUGUCAAAGUUGGUUUCUCACUAUAAUGAAGUUGUUUGUAUUAACGAUAAUAUAAAGAAUGAGAUAAAUACUUUGAAGGAUGAAGUGCUAAAAAAAGCGUGUGAAAUAGAAAAAUUGCAGGACCGAUUAAUAGAUUAUGAAGCCAAAUUAUUAGUUUAUGAAAAUAAUAAUGAAGUUAAAAUGUUAAAAAAAAAUGAGAAUCAUUUAUCAAUGUUACUAAAUAAACAUAUACGCAGAAAUGAAGAAUUGGUGAAUACAAAUCUUCUUUUACAAAAGUCAACGUUAGAAAAUAAUAAUUUAGAGGAAAAAAUACUCGAAUUGAAAGGUACAAUAUAUAGAAAGGAUCACGAAAUAAAAAGUUUACAUGAACAAAAUAGAAAAAAAAAAAACAGCAGUAGUAAUUCUAAUGCUGAUAAGCAUAUCAUGGAAAUAUAUAGUGAAAUUAAUAAUGAUAAUAAUAUCAUUAAAAAUAAUAACAAUAUAAGUGAUAUUAACAUUAACAAUAGUUAUUCUGAUGAGGUUUGUUCUUCUUAUGUAUCAAAGAAAAUAAGUGAAAAAAAUAAUAACCGAAGUAUAAUAAUACAAAAUGAAAACAUAAAUUCCCAAUUAAAUGAUACGUCAAAUUCUAUAGAAGAUGAUCCCAUUUACGCUACUUUGUGUGAACUUUUAAAUUGUAACAAGGAAAACAAUUCUUUAUUUAAAAUAAAUAAAAUAUGUGAUAAAACAUAUAUGAUAAAUGAUAAAAAAGUAUUUAUAAGUUUUAUUAACGGUGAGUUAUAUGCCGAACAUGAUGGAUAUCCUGUAAAGUUACAGGAUUAUAUAACACAAAAUUUGGAAUAUUGA